AUGUCGUUAAUAAAGCUCUCAAAAGCCAUAUUUACAAAACCAUUGGGUUAUGGAAGGAAGCCAGUACGAAUAUUCAAGAAUCCAAUCGACUUCUCGAUACUAAGGAAAGAGAAAUGGGCUAUAGUGGGUGAUUCCUAUAAGACCAAGUUUCUUAGAGUAUUGUCCGGCUCAUAUCUUUCCACUUCACCCCUCUCUAGAGCAUAUCCGGAUUCUUUGAACAAUUCGAACUUCACAGUGGAGUUGCUCAAAUUUGUUACCAACGGCAACUGGGGAUAUGGUGCGCAGAACCAAUCAGGAGGCUUCACUCAUCUUUCUGGACGAUAUGAGUUUUUCAAGGACUUGGAGAUCGAUAUUAACGUUAAAGAUUUCAUUGCCAGUAAGCACGAGAACUCUAAUAUCCCAUAUGAUCCGGUCAAACUUGAGUAUUUGGCGGAAUGCUUGGAUUUGACAGGACUUGAAGAUAAGUUCCUUACUACUUUGAGUAAUGGACAAUUUAGAAGAGCCCGAGUUGCCAAGGUGUUGUACAGAGACCCCACUUUGUUACUCAUUGAUGAUCCUUUCUUGGGUCUUGAUCCUGUAGCAAGUCAGCGUGUUUCUAAUGUGUUAAAGAAGAUUGCUUGUGAUGUUAAGAAUCCUACUACGGUGACUAUUGGUUUGAGAAUCCAAGAUGUCAUUCCUGAUUGGAUUGAAAAGAUUGCCAUCGUAGAUUCAACUGGUGUAGUUCAUCAGGGAGGUAAAAGUGAGCUUCGUAGCGAAUUACAGAGACUAAAAGAGACUUUUUAUAGACACCAUGAAGAGGUUAAAAAGAGAGUUAGCGAGCAAAUACAGCUUGAUGGACGCCAGAUCCUCAAAAAGACUUGGGAACAGGACCCCAUGAUUAAGAUGGAAUCUGUAAGUGUCAAAUAUAAAGGUGUUCCUGUCAUUAAAGACCUGUGUUGGACGGUGAGAGAGGGUGAGAAGUGGCACGUUCGAGGAAGAAACGGGUCUGGAAAGACCACUUUACUUUCGCUGAUCACUCUAGAUCAUCCACAAUCAUGGUCUCGAAAGAUCAUGGUGGAAGGACAUACCAGAGAGGCUGGUAGUGUGAACUAUUUCGAUGCAAACAAAUCAAUAGGCUUCACCUCUCCUGAACUACAUGCCAUUUUCCCUAGGGAUCUCUCUGUAUUUCAGGCUAUCUCUACCGGUUAUAUAGUAGGUUCCUACAUUCCUCCAAAGCAUCUUUCCAACUUGCAGAUAGAUAAUAUCCUCAAUUACUUGACUAUGGUGGAAUUGGUGGACAAGAAAGACAUCAAGUUUGGCGAUCUAUCUGUCAGUAACCAGAAGUUGGUGCUUCUCUUACGCUCCAUGAUUAAUGAUCCUAGUAUCUUGAUAUUGGAUGAGGCUCUUAGCGCCAUGACAGAUGAGGAUGUAAUUAAAGGUAAGUGUUUGGUCGACCAAUGGAAUAAAGGAUGUUGUCUUAUCAUCGGUCACGUCGAUGAAGAGGUUCCUCAUUGCAAUAAAUACAUUGUAAUGAACCAGGCCAGAAACGGCAUCUAUGAGAUUGGAAAUGUCACUAAAUGA